AUGAAAUCAUUCCUAACAUUAUCGAUUCUGUUCAACAUUACAUACAUAACAUCCGCCAGAAGAAUAUCCUGUCACGCUUGCUUAAACUCGGUUUGCUACAAACGCUCGACAAUUUUAAAAGGGCACAAAUUCUCAGGACAACUAGCCGUUGACAGGAACGUAAAUCUUCUUUAUUUUCAUUAUCAAAACAACCAAUCAAUGGACUUUACUGGAGCUUUCGAUUUAGAAAAAGUUAAAUUAACUAAUAUACCCAACACAGGUUUUACUUUUGGUCGAGCUGUCGACCAAUCCACGAGAGAUCUGUAUACAUCAGGAGCCCAAGGAAUUUAUAAAUAUAACCCUAUAGAAAACACCACAGCUCUGUUCGGAAUCAAAGAUAAAACAAUAUGGCAUAUACAGUACGAAGAUAAGUUGUAUUACACGGAAUUCCGAAAGAAAGGCUUAUACACGUAUGUAGAUAGGAAAUUCAAGGAUAUUCCAGAAUUAGCUGAGUACCAAAUCGACGACUUUAUUAUCGAUAAAAAAGGAGAUAUUUAUUUUAUGAGCAAUUACGUCACACGCGUUUUGAGAAAAGGCGCGAAAAAAGCUGAAAUAUUCGAGGAUGAAAUAUACUCUUUAACCACAGAUAAUAAUGGGAACGCUUACUUCAUACAGCCUUACACGAGAGGUGUUUACUGUUUAAGUUAUAGGACUGGCAAAUUAGUAGAAAUUGGUGCAUUUAACAAAAUAUCGCCUUUCAAAUUAGUCUUUGAUGGCGACAAUAAUAUUGUUUACUAUGACGCAACGAAUAGAAGUUUAUUCUAUCUCUCGCCUACGUUGAACAAGUGUAGUGUCGCUGCACGAGGUAAACAUCGUAAAAUGUUUAUUGCUACUGCGUCUCGGAAACACAAAAAUCAUAAAAAGGACAAUUCGUCUUCCAUCAAGAAUAUUACUAAAAUAAUAUAAGUGUUGUGACUUGGAGGCAAAAUAAUUAUAUCCAAGAAUUAUGUAGAAUAUACAUUGAAAUGUGUAGUCGGUUGACUGUUACUUGCAAUGUUUGUGUGUAGGGCACAUAUUUAGGUGCCAUUUAUUAGCAAAAAACAUCGGUCCAGUAAAUACAAAGUUUACCAUAGGAAUAGACGACCGUGUGUAUGUUAUAAAAUAUUUAUUUAUUUUUGAAGUUUACUUCAUAAAAAUCGAUUAUCAUAUAAGGCCCCCGGUAUGAAAAAAAAAUAUGAUAAGUAAAAUCUACUGAACUAAUUACUUCGUUGCGUUUCUCGUAACGCAAACCCAUUGGGUUCCGAUAGAUGGCGUUAUUUGAUUCAUUUAUUUACCAUUUGGUAUGGUAUUAAUCUUUUUCUUAAACUA